AUGGCAUCCAGGGUGACACCUAGCUCUGCAGCACGGCAACACGGCACCAAGAAUCGAAAGAACCGAAACCGUCCCGGCGAUCGACUCAUCAAAGGAAUGUCCCGGCACGACAGGAAUUGUUUCCAUCCGCGCGACGCGCAGCCGACACGCGGUCCAUUGCCUGCCCGACACGAAGGAGCCAGACACGACCGGACAGCAUCCGGACUGGCUGGUGCAGGUUUCGAUCAAGCCCCCGACAUCCAUGGAGCUUUCGACUCGCCUGGAGAUCGCAGAUACCAUACAACCGACGCGUCCAUCGUAUAUCCGGCAGACCCGAAGAGCGAACAGAGGACCGGGAAGGAGAUACGAGGUCGUGGGAGGAGUGAGAUUCCGUUGAAUGAGGUAUAA